CGGUCAUGUGAUCAGCUGUGUCCAAUCACAGCUGAUGACAUGGGACAUGUACGCUGAUCAUCAGGGCACUGAUGAUCCGUGUGCCCUGAUGAUCAGUGUGGCUCCAUCAGUGCCACAUGCCAGUGCACAUCAAUGCCACAUAUCAGUGCCCAUCUGAGCCGCCUUUCAAUGUCACCUAUCAGUGCCAGUCAGUGCCGCCUAUCAGUGCCAUAUAUCAGUGUCAUGUAUCAGUGCUGCCUUUCAGUGCCCAUCAGUGAUGCCUGUCAAUGCCCAUCAGUGCAACCUACCAGUGCCUCCUCAUCAGUGCCCAUCACUGCAGCCUCAUUAGCGCACAUCAGUGAAGGAGAAAAAUCACUUAUUUACAAAAUUGUAUAACAAAAACUAAAACGUUUAUUUUUCAAAAUUUUCGGUGGUUUUUGGUUU